AUGUACCCCGAGGUGGUCAACUUAUUUCGUCUAUCCAACAAAAAUAAACGUCCAGCAACAAUUGUACGUCUCCAUAUCAUUAGAAUUAAAGUUAUUGAUGAUUUAUUGAGUAAGAAACACAUCUACAUCAAUAAUAUACGUUAUCCUAUAUCUGAGUACUUGGUUCCAGUCAAAUUACUUGUUUGUACAAAGUGUUUUCAGAUUGGACAUAUUCGUAGCACGUGUCGAAGUUCAAUGGAAUUCUGCAGAAUUUGUGGAACUGCUAUCAACGAUUUAAAAGAACAUAAAGAUAAAUGUAACAACAAACCAAAAUGUAUUAAGUGUGCAGGUGAACACGAUUCGAAUGACCACCGAUGUCCAAAUAUUAAAACUUUUCGUGUUAUUCUAACAAAAUCUUUAUUAAAUUCUGCAGGUUCAAAUAAUCACAAUCGAAACAACUCCACAAACUACUGGUUCAACGACCAGGAUUUCACGGUCUUAAAUGGAAAUCGUCUUGAUAUUCAUCAAACUAGUGAAUCACGUAUUGUUGAUGAUAAUCGAAUUGGAGACCUGUUCAAUAAGCUGAACAAAUUAGAAGUAAAUUCUGAUAAAAUAGUCGAACUUAAUAAUAAAUAUUUAGAUCAAAUUGCUCGUGCACAACAGAUGCUAGCUAAACAUCAUCAUGAACUGCAAUUAUUACAACAUGAUGUAAUGUUUCAAAGGGAAUUUGCCAGUCAAUUUAUCUCGCCGCUCGGUCAAGUGUUGAUCAGCAUUAUUCCGGUAUUAGUUAAUCAAGAUAUUAUUAAAGACAAAACCAUACUAUGCACAUCAGUAACAGCAUUAAUCAAUAAGUUGACUAACGAUUUACCUUUAUGA